AACUUUCGACUCCUUUCAUAUUUAAUAACCUUCCAAAUUUUUCAAGAAUGAAGAUGCAGAAAUUGCUAAUUAAACUUUUUCUCUAUAUUCAAAUAUCUCAAAAUUCAUGGAUCUAGAGGGUAGUGAUUAUGAAAUGCCAAUCCCUAAUUAUGCUGUAGGCAUUCAUAUCCUAUUGAUUGAUCCAGACAUGGUUUCUGUUAUGCACACAACUUCAACUCUUGAAGAAGCAACUUAUAGAGUCACAAGUACUGGAUUUCCAAAUGUAGCACUCUCCAUGAUCCAAGAACGAGGGAAUGAGUACAACCUUGUAAUCGCUGCAAUCGACAUGCCAGGAAUGGACUGCCUUACAUUCCUAAGAGUUGCUAAAACACUGUCAGACAUCCCUGUUGUUUUGAUCUCAUAUAAGAUGGAUGAGCAACUAGCUAUUAAAACAAUACAACAAGGAGCUUGUCAAUUCUUUGAGAAACCUAUUAGCAGAGAUGAUGCACGAGGUUUAUGGCAAUAUGUGUUCAGGAAAGGACGGAAAAGAACUGCUGACGACUCUGAGAAUGGCGAAAAAAGGUUGAAUCACAGUGAUCCCCAGCAACUAAUAAGCAAGAGCAAGUUAAGUUUAGCGAUAGGAGAUGAACCUAUACGGAACAAAGAGAAGGAGCAAGAAAUCUUGACGAGAAAAAGAUCAGAUUGCGGUAACAAAGUCACAAGGAAUAAUGACGUUACAAGUUUCGAUCCGGAGUCAGCUAAAAGGAAGAACAAGAAACUAAAGGCUAAAUUUGAGAAUGUCAAGUGGAACAAUGAGCUUAAUGCAAAGUUCAUGAACAUAGUUCCAAAGGAUACUCAAGAAGUGAUUUCAACAACAAAUCAACAAGAAUUUGGUAUUACAGAUUUGAGGGUGCUAGCUCAGAAUUCAAAAGAGCAUGUUAGUUCUCCUUGUAUCAACAUAACUCCUCCAACAAGAACCAGUAACACUUCUGAUGGACAGAGACAGCUGCAAACUAAGGCUUUCCAAGGAAGUGGUGGUCAAAAUUCUAGGGAUCUCUCAGAUACAACGUAUGCCAGAAACGAGUUUGAAAAUCCAGGAGCUAAAUUAAAUCUACAAUCUAGAAAUAUAGUCAGCAAUGCUGGUAGUCCUGCUGCAGGACCUAGCUAUCUUUCAGUUCAAAAUAACUCUGCCGAAACUAGAACAGCAAGCGAAGUAGGUUUAAGUCUCCUGAAUUUUAGAACUUUAUACGGUGGUGAAAAAGAAGAACGCGCUAGACAGAGCCCAAGUUCCAAUUCAAGGUCACAACUAGAACUCCACCUCGGGAAUAAUGUCAGCAGGACAGGCAGAGUGGACAGAGUAAGCCCUAUGGGCAAAACUUCACUUUUAUGCAGCACCGGUAAGCAAUUGGCAGUUGAUGAGACCACUGAUAAUCCAUCAAAUCUUAGAGGAAGGAUUGAUAAAAUUAGACGUGCAUAUCGGAUAGACACUAAAUCAGGGAAAGCAAGUUCCAUUCCAAACACACAGAUCGAAACAAUGCUCUUAUCCAACAACAGAAACUAUUCUCAAACUGGAAACAGACAGGCUGACGUGUUCGAGGGUAAUGUAACUCCAAAUUAUGGGUAUAAUGGAUCGAGCACUAUGAAUUUCGGGUUUUCUCCUUCGCUACAUGUGUGCUCGCCAACCCCAGCACCUUACUCAGUCCAGUCCUCACGUACACCAUCAAAAGAUUAUAUGCAAUCUUUUGUGCAGAGUUCUUGUAACAUUCAAGUGGAUACAGCAAAUUUAUGUCAGACUCUAAAUUAUCCCAUUUCUGGUAGUGAUAACAGUAGCCUUGUGAUUUCUAAUGGCUUAGAAAAUCAGGCUAUAGAACACACAAACGAUUUAGGUGGGAGAAAUCUUGAAGAUCUUGGAGUUCUAGAGUCUAGUGAAGAGAUUCUGAAGAAUGCAGGUGCAAGCAACUCCCAGCAGCUUACUGAUGAUGACAUUUUCUUUGAUGCAAUUUUGGCUGAGCUGCGAAAUGAUUUUGGAGUUAGUGAUCUCAAGAGCUUGGGCUUCAGCAGCAGCAGCAAUGUGUGAUAUCGAGUAUCAUUCAUCAUAAAGGAAAGCUGAUAUAAACCUGAAUAAAGCUUCGAAACAACUAUUUGGUAGUAGUUAAUAAAGCUUCAGAAAGACACUCUUGGUAGUCGUUAAAAUAUAUAUACACAUUUAACAUUGUGAAAACUUGGUAAUCGUUACUUGUGAUCGGAACACUUACGGACCGGUAUUGUCCAUGGAUUGGCGCAAGUAAAUCGUACAAAUUGCUAGAA